AUGAUCAGCAGCUUGCUACUGAGCUUCCUCUUUAUUUCAGAUUCUCCGUGGAGUCCCACAAUCAACAUCUCAGGUGAAGUGAAGGAGAAGAAGUCUGUCACUAUCAGCUGCUCAGCUUUCACUCCCUGUCCACACUCCCCUCCUCAACUCACCUGGAACCUCCCACAAAACUCUCACAGCCAAAUAGAGGAAAAUACAGAUGGAACCUUUACAAGUAAAAUCCAGCAGAGCAUCACUCUGUCACACUCACAUGAUGGAUUCAACAUCAGCUGCUCUGCCACAUAUCCUGUGGACGAAGGAAAACCUGGAAAGACCAAAGAGACACAACAGACUCUCAGUGUUCCAUAUGCCCCCAAAGAAACCUCAGCAUCCAUCAGUCCAUCAGGUUUGGUGUCAGCAGGAAGCUGGGUGAACCUGACCUGCUCCAGCAGAGCCAAUCCUCCCGUCAGCAACUUCUCCUGGUUCUUAAAAACUAAAGAUGGAUCCAUGAAAGUAGCUGAAGGACACUUUUAUCGGUUUAAUGUCACUCAUGGAGGAAUUUAUUACUGUGAGGCCACAAAUAUUCUUGGUAAUCAGAAGUCAGCUGAGAUUCCUCUGACUGUUGAAGAUCCUCCCACGGACACUUCUGUUCUAAUCAGCCCCACUGAUCCAGUGUCAGUUGGCAGCGUGGUGAAUCUAACCUGCUCCUGCCGAGCCAACCCACCUGCUGCCCACUUUGUCUGGUUCAUGACCAGCGAUGGCAGACUGGAAAUGAUCAAAACCGACACACAGGUUUACAGCUUUAAAGUCACCAGCAGCAAUCGAGACAGAUUGUUCUACUGUGGAUGCAGAAACCAUCUGGACAUUCAGCUGUCCAGAGGUCGUCAGCUGGUAUUUGAAGGUGAUGAUCAGUCUGGUAAACUGGUUAGUGUCCAAGUCAUCGUGAAGAUGUUAGGAAUCCUGUUGCUGGUCAGCACGCUGAUCCUCUUUGAGUGUUUCUUCAGAUCAAAAUUCUCCAACAAAUCAGCUGCAGAGAACUUUGAGAUGAGCAGCGGUGGAACAGCAUCAUUAUCCAAAAAGUGAAGGGUCUGAGGAGGAAGGAAAAACUCUUGAUUAACAUCAUUUCAUUUACUGUAGCGCUAAAGAACCAGUUAGAAAUAAGUUAAAGUAUCUAAUAUCCGAUGGUCAUGUAAAUAUGUCAUUUUUUGCUAGAAUUUUUGCUGUAACAACCCCAUGAAGUGGCUCAUUGAAUUCAGUGUAUCGAUGAAGCUAAAGAUUGCUGAUUACUUCACAGUGGAAAGACCUAAAAUCCAUAAAAUAAAACCCUAGGUGAAAAUAAAACAUCGCAAUUCAUAUUAAUUAUUCAGAGCAGAACAGUAACGAAUGUAGCUUUAACCUAUAUUUAUUAAAGUUUUUGGACAUUUUGAAAGAGCUGCAAACACACGUCAUGGCUGCCCUUCACAUGGAGCAACUCCUCAGUAAAGUUUGGAGCUUUUCAGGUGCAGUAGAGUGUAGAGCACAAUCCUGUGUUGUUUCAGUGCCACAAAUUAUAGCACACUACCAUUCAAACCUUGGGGUCACUGAGAAAUGUCCUUAUGUUUUCAGUGAAGAUAACAUUAAAUUGAUCAGAAAUAGAGUCUAGACAUUGUUAAUGUGGUAAAUGACUAUUCUAGCUGGAAACGGCUGAUUUUUAAUGGAAUAUCUCCAUAGAGGUACAGAGGAACAUUUCCAGCAACCAUCACUCCUGUGUUCUAAUGCUACAUUGUGUUAGCUAAUGGUGCUGAAAGGCUCAUUGAUGAUUAGAAACUCCUUGUGCAGUUAUGUUAGCACAUGAAUAAGAAGUGUGAGUUUUUAUUGAAAACAUUAAAUUGUCUGGGUGACCCCAAACUUGUGAGCAGUAGUGUAAGUUCACAAAGUAUUCAGAUCUCUUUACUUGUUGCAGUCUUAUGUUAAAAAUGUUCCAUCUUCCGUAAUGACAAAGCAAAAACUGAAUAUUGGAAAUUUUUGCAAAUCUCCCCAAAAGAAAAAAAAAUACAUUGCUAUUAUGAGCUGAGCAUGAAUAGCCAUCCCUAAACCACUCCAGUGUUGUCUUGGAUACUUGGGCUACUUGGGGUCAGUGUCCUGUUGGAAGUUGAGCCUUCAGCUCAGUCUGAGAAGGUUUUCAUCAAGGAUACUUCUGCACUUCCUGUUCCGUUCAGCUUUCCUUUCACCUUGACCGGUGUCCCUGCUCAUGCUGCUGAAAAACCCCUCCGUAGCAUGAUACUGCCGCCACCAUGCUUUACUGUUUGGAUGGUAUCGUGCAAGGGACGAGUUAUGCCUGGUUUCUUCCAGACAUGAUGCUUAGAAAUGACGUCAUAUGGUUUCAUCUUUUUUCUGAGAGUCCUUUAGGUGCUUAUUAGCAAACUCCAAGUUGGCUUUCAUGUGUACUUCACCGAAUAGAGUCUGUCAUGGUACAAGCAGUGGGAUGAUGGUUCCUUUGCUAUUGCCACCCCAAAACUCUGGAAUGCACUCCCACUUGAACUUUGCGCUAUCACCGACCUGUUGCUUUUUAAGUCCAGACUGAAAACCCACCUAUUCAGAUGUGUCUUCAAAUCCUAGGACUGUUUUUUUUUUCAUGUCAUCCCAAAAUGCCUCUUUGAAAUGGUACCGAUUUAUCUGUGCUGUAUUUUGGUUUUAUAGUUUUCGUGGUUUUAUGGUUUUUUAUGAUUUCUAUGGUUUUAUAGUAAUUUUUAUAGUAAUCCAAAUUGUAUUGUUUUGUUUCAUUAUGCUGUUGGAAGGCACUUUGGUCUUCUUUUGUGUUCUUGUGAAGUGCUCUACAAACAAAUUUUGACUGAUUGAUUGAUGAAACCUAGAUCCAAGAGGAGCUGCAGUUUGGUUGUUCUAGAAGUUUCUCCCAUCUCCAUGGGAUGUCUGGAGCUCAGUGACACUGACUGUUAGGUUCUUGGCCACAUCUUUCAUCGAGUCCCUUCUUCCCAUUUGCUCAGCUUGGUGAAACGAUCAGCUCCUGGACAAGUUCUACUUGUUUUCAGCUUCUGUCAUUUAAGAAUUAUGGACGUCAUUGUGGUCUUGGGACUGUUCAAUAUAGCAGAAUUGUUUUUUGUAGUUUUCUCCAGAUCUGUGUCUCGACAGAAUCCUGUUUCUGAGCUCUACAGGCACUUCCUGUGACCUCAUGGCUUAAGUUUUGCAUUAAUCAGUAUAGACAGCUGUGAGAUCUUGUAUUAUAGGUGUGUGCCUUUCCAGAUCAUGUCCGAUCAACUGAAUUUUUGAUUCUUUUUGAGAAGAAUAAAAUAAAUGAACUGGCUGAGCUACAUUUCAAGUAUCAUAGCAAACGGUCUAUGUCAACCUGAUACUUCAGAUUUUUUCUUUUCUAAUAAAUGUUAAUAACUUUUAAGAUUCUGUUUUCACUUUGACACUGAGUGUAGGUUGAUGAAGGGAGUGAGGUUUCUGAGUUGAGCCACAAGGAGAGAGAGAAAGAUGUCGAUGUAAUUAAAACAAAAUGUUGUAUAUUGUUUACUGUCCAUUCACUAUCUUUGUUGAUUUUGUUGUAUUGCUGUUUUGCACUGAAGCAUAAUCACAAUAAAGCUUCCAAUUCUGAGAAGAAAGUGGAUUUUUUUCUAUCAAUCAAUAAUGGAUAAAUGGCUUGAAAGACAAUC